UUGUGCGAUACAUUUCGCAAACACAAGAGUCGCUCGUAAAAGGCAACUUUUUACGCUUCUAGCAGCGCGAAAUCAAUUAAUGCAUAAAAUCAAAGUGUAAUGCUGCUAUUAGCUAUGUACAAUUGAAGCAUUCAACAAUCAUCACAUAUAUAUCAUUUACGUCCUCACGUAUACAGUGUAAACGCCGGCUCUUCAAUUAAUUAUAGGUGGACUGCUAAUUUUACAGUGUUCGACAAAAUGCUGAAAGCAAACGAUAAAAAUGACGCAAUAAGGAUAUUGAACGAUGACUGUAAGAUCCAUAUGCAGGAAUCGAAAAAACUAUUGAAACUCGACAAGUCGCAAAACUCGCAAAUAUGCAUUGAAUUUAAUGAUAUUUGUUAUUCAGUUCGUCACGGAUUUAAAGAAACUGAGAAAAAAGUCCUACAUAAUGUAACAGGGCACUUCGAAACAAAAAAAGUCACGAUAAUUAUUGGUGCUUCUGGCGCAGGAAAAUCCACUCUGCUAAAAAUUAUAUCGGGCCAACGAUUAAAUAACGUUAAAGGUACCAUCACCGUAAACGGUGUUAAAUCGAAUAGAGGAAUGUUUCGCAAACAGACAUGCUAUGUGCCGCAACAAUAUGAUUUAUUGCCAUUCCUCACAACGAGAGAAACUCUCUAUAUAGCGGCACGAUUGAAACUCAACGUUAAUCAGAGCGAACAAGCAAUUCGAUUAGUUGUGAACGAUAUCACAAAGAGUCUCGGCUUGUCAUCUUGUCUAAACACAUUGGCAAAUAAACUAAGCGGUGGCGAACAGAAGAGACUCUCCAUCGGCGUAGAAAUGAUCACCAAGCCAUCUGUUCUCUUAUUAGACGAGCCAACAAGCGGUCUCGACAGUGUGACCUCUAAUCAACUUAUUAGCAUGCUACACGAUAUGACGAGAAGAAAUUGCACUGUAAUUUGCGCGAUACAUCAACCCAGUAGUCAGAUGAUGUCGCACUUCGAUAAUAUUAUGGUACUCAACCGAGGCAGAUGUAUGUACUGCGGUCCCAAGAGUGAGAUCUUAAACACGUACAGCAUUGCCGGAUUCACGUGUCCCAGCUUUUAUAAUGUAGCCGAAUAUGUGCUUGAGGUGAUAACCGAACAGAGAAGUGGAGAUUUAGAGAAUCUAUACGAGAUCUGUCGUGAUGAAUACGAAAAGUUCAAAUUAUGCAGUAAACGUAACAAACAUGAAUUAGAUUCACCAAAUAAUUUCAAACAGAAAUUUGAAAUGCAAAACGAUACAAGUAUAAAUAGCGCAAUACAAAAAAAGUCCACAUGGCAACAACAAAAGAUAUUAUUUUUACGAGCUUUAAUCUGCAUAAAACGAGAUAGCGUUUUGACAAAACUAAGAUUGGCGGUGCACGUUGUAAUCGCGCUAUUAUUAGGAGCACUUUUCUAUAAUUUUGGUAAUGAUGCAGGAAAAGUGUACAGUAACAUUUCCUGCUUAUUUUUUUAUCCUUUUUUUUUAUUCUUCGCAAAUCUCAUACCAUUUAUUCAUAUAUUUCCUACGGAAGCGGCAGUAUUCUUACAAGAACAUUUAAAUAAUUGGUACUCUUUGAAAGCUUAUUAUAGCGUAAAAGUAUUAACGGAUCUCCCGAUUCAAAUACUUUCUGCUUCGUGUUUCCUGUUUAUAUCUUACUAUAUGACAGGACAGCCAAUGGAAUAUGAAAGAAUUUUAAAGAUAUGGGGCAUUUGCCUAUUAAUUACGAUUCUUGGACAAACGAGUGGGAUAUUUGCAGGCGUGGUUUUUGGCACUGAGUUAGGUAUGUUUUUAAUACCGAUAUGCAGUAUACCAUUAUUGCUCUUCUCUGGAUUUUUCUUGAAAUUAAAUGAAAUGCCGACAUAUCUGCAAUCAAUAAGCUUUUCAAGUUUUUUCAGAUUUGCGUUUGAAGGAAUAAUGCAGGCGAUCUACCUUGACCGACCAAAACUGCUAUGCUCUGAAGCAUAUUGUCACUUGCGUUCUUCAAACAAGAUUCUUUCAUUAAUGGGUAUGCCAACAAUGUCAUUUUACCUAAUUCUGAUAAUACUUGGUUCUUGGAUACUCUGUUUACACGUGAUCGUCUAUGCAACACUCCUAUGGAAAAUUUAUUAUACAAAAAAGUAA